AGUAGGCGGUCGGAUUAUUAUUAUCUCUCCAAUCUCUUUCUCUUGGUUCUUGUCCCGGCGCAGUCUUGUCUGAAUCCCGGAAUUGUCCGAAUUUGACACUCUUCUGUGUUAUCUUUGAGGAAAGGAAGCGGAUUUUGAUGGCGGCGAGUGCGAAUCCGCCGGGGAACAAUCAGGAAGGUUCGUCGGCGGCUCAGAAGGUGACGUCUUCAUCUCCGGCGAAUGGUGCUGUGGAUAAUGGUGGUAAUAAGGCGGCGGUGGAUAAUUCAGAGACGAUAAGCGCGUUGAGGCAUAAUCCAGGGAUCUCUGUGGAUUGGACUCAUGAGGAGCAAUCUCUAUUGGAAGAUUUGCUCGCAAAGUACGCGUCAGAGCCUACAAUUGUUCGUUAUGCCAAGAUUGCGAUGAAAAUGAAGGAUAAAACUGUUAGAGAUGUUGCUUUACGUUGUAGAUGGAUGACUAAAAAGGAAAAUGGAAAGCGUAGAAAAGAUGAUCAUUCUUCAAGGAAGAGCAAAGAUAAGAAAGAAAAGACUACAGACUCUUCAGCCAAGUCCUCAUCUCACAUGAAUGUGCAUCCGAAUGGUCCUUCAUAUCCUCCUCCUAUGAUGCCUUUAGAUACUGAUGAUGGUAUUUCAUAUAAAGCUAUUGGUGGCGUGAGUGGAGAUCUUCUCGAACAAAAUGCUCAGAUGUUCAACCAAGUUUCCACAAACUUCUCAGCUUUCCAGAUACAUGAGAACGUCAAUAUCUUGUGCAAAGCGAGGGACAAUAUCCUCUCAAUCUUGAACGACUUGAAUGACUUGCCAGAGGUUAUGAAGCAGAUGCCACCUCUUCCUGUGAAGGUGAACGAAGAGCUGGCUAAUUCAAUCCUCCCUCGCCCGCCCCAUCAAAAGAAGUCGUGAUGGGUUACUAUAGAGCCCAUCUAUGGUUUGGUUCUGACCAAAAAAGGUACUCUCUUCACACACACCAGGAUCAGUGAAGAAAAGGAAAUAAAUCGUGGGAUGUAGAGAGAGUUCCCACUCGUAAUGGAUGAUGAGAUGCAGGUUUUCUACUUGCCAUAGAGUUACUACUAGUCUCUUCUGCAGUUUCAGUCGUCUCUGGAUGUUUUUUUUUUUUUUUGUUUUUUUAGCAAAUGGUGAAUUGAUACAUGUGAGUAGAGUUGUAUUGUGUCGUUUAGGAUGUGAAUAGAUUUCUACUGUUAAUGGUAAAAGUCUGUGUGUAAAAUUGGUUUCAAGCUGAAAGGUUUUGAGAUUCCAUGAGCUAUAUCCUCCUACAGAUGAUGCUGAGAUGUUAGCUUAGAAGGAAAUGAAUGUACUCAUAAAUUUUCUUGUAUUAAUAAAAUAUUUGUCUUUUGAA